UUCCAGUUUGCUAAAACUCAUGAGCGAUGUCCAGUUUGAAGAUCUGUUAGCUGCGGCAACUAGGAUCUCUAGGGAGCAAGAACAGGAUUUGAAGCAAAGAGCAGAUCGAAACCGGGAGGAGGAAGCUCGCAAAAGACAGGAGGAAGAGCGACGUCAGAAAUCGAAAAAGGAUGCUCAGGCUGCGAUUAUAAAGCUUCGGGAAGAAGAGGAAAAGCGUAGGAAGCAAUCGUUGGUGAAACAGAAGCUGAUGAAGGAGCGCCGUGAACAGGAGUUACUGCAGCGUCAGAAGCAGCAACAGCGCAAUGCCAACGAUCGCAAACUUGCCGAACGCAAGACUACUGACCGCAAACCUUCAUCAAAACAACCUGCCCGUCAAAAUAUGGUACCGGAGAAGCCGAGGAUUGUUCAAGAUCUUUCUUUUGAUGAGAUUAUGAAACGAGCGAAGCAAGUACCUACUGACAAGAAGGCGCUGAGUUUGCAGAAAAAACCACUGCCAUCCGAGCCUGGUCCGAACCGACCAAAGCCUUCCCUUUCAGAAGCCAGCCGUAAACCCAAGGCGUCUACUUCAACGCCUAGCAGGCCUCAUACCACACCCAACAAACAACCCACAAAGUCGUCCAUUUAUACCAGCCGACCGUCUAGCAACCUUUCUGCAGCAGCGGGAAGCGCCAAAAUGGCCUCUGUCCGUGAUAGGCUUAAGAACAUAGCAUUAGCACCUCCGCAGCGACUGAACACAGUGAAACGAGAUUUGCGGUCCGUUGAGGAAAUCCAACAGGACAUACGAAGACAGCUCGGAAAGGCGCCGAAUGAAGAAAAGCCUGCAAGAGAACGAGUGCGUGAACGUCAACCUAUCCGCCGCUCUCUUUCUCCUCGAUCUGCUCCCACGCGAGCACCGGAACGACGACCCAUCCGCCGUUCUCUUUCUCCUCGACCUAGACCGCAACGACCUGCUGGCCGUAUGCCGUUCCGACCCAAUCAACGAAGACGCUAUAGUGAUGAAGAGGAAGACGAUGAUUUGGAUGGGUUCAUCGAUGACGGCGACGAGGAAGAGGAUCUCAACAAUUAUUCGGACGUCAUCAGCAAGAUGUUCCGAUAUGAUCGUAAAAGAUACCGCGAUGAAACAUUCUCUGACGACGAUAUGGAAGCUGGUGCAAGUGAUGUGUUACGUGAGGAGACUCGAAGUUCCCGCAUUGCUCGGCAGGAAGAUCUGUUGGAGGAACAGCGUGAGCGUGAGGAGAUGGAACGCGCACACAAGCGUAAAUUAGCUAAACAGAAGAAGCAGCAGAAGUAGUCCUAUAUACUUUGUACAUACAUAUUGUUUUUGACCGACCCGCACAAUAAAGAUAACUGCAAUGACAGGAAACUCAAAACUACUGUUUAUAUCAAAA